GAAGCCACAGGUAGGGGGACCACAGGAUCCCGCCGCACGCCGGAGGACGGGCGUGGGGUGCCCAGGCCGAGGCAACUUUUUAAAGUCUGUAAUCGCUCUGAGGAGUGACUCCCUAUGUUGAACAAGUUUCUGGGCAUGUCUACGUUUGUUUCUAAACCAAGAAACAAGACAGCCCUAACUUGCCCGACCUCAGGAACGGGACUGGGACCUCUCUGCAGACCUUGCAUUCGUCCCUGGAAUAGUGGGGUGUGUGGUGAGGAACACUACUUGAGGCACUCAGCCGAUGCUGCUCCUAGCCAGUCCUGUGCCAGGCACUGUGUAUUAAGUUAUGAGAAUAUAUGAUCAUGAGCAAAAUAAAAUAAAAACAGUGCUGCUUUCAAGGAGCCGGCCUGAUAACAAGUUGAAAGCUGCAGAAAAGAUAGGACUGCAAGAACCGUUGCACUAGUUUCUCCACUGGGGCCAGACUGCACAUCUAAUAAGGCUAUCAGGGCCACCUUCAUGCUGCCCAGGCUCUGACCCUGUGUCUUCUUGGAUACCUUCCCCGUGUUUCUUGGCAAAUUUGAGUUAUUGUGUUGAGACCCUGUCAUUACUGCUUUGGAACUGAUCGGUUCUUUACAGGUCAACAGGUGGGGGAGACCGUGGGUGCAGCCCAGUGCAUAAACACUUGUAUGUUGAGUAUGAUAUGUCUACAGGACAUUUUACUGGACACUAGGGGACAAGUGAGACUGUGCACAUCCGUUGAGUUGGUAAAGUGAGCCUGUUAGUGCCGGGCACUGUCUGCUGCCUCAGACACGUGACUGUCUUCCGCAAGCCUUACUCAGAACAAACUCAAAAUCAAACUCAGGUUUGAUCUGGGCAGAGGAGGUCCUGGCCUGUCCGUCACACCAGAUAAGAGAUGGUGGUUAGCCAGGCAACUUCUCUUGUAUCGCCCCAUUCCAAUUCUAGAACUGAUGAGAGCACUGUGGACCCUCUAGAAGACAGAGGCCCAUCAACAGGGAAUCAGGCAUUAUACCUUACUCAGGAGUGUCAAUUAUUAGACCUCUGUAAAACACAGGCUUGGAAGGGAAGCACACAUUGGCAGAGCUGGGUAGUGUUUGAGCCUAGAUUUCUCUUUGAAUGGGUACCUCCCUUGUAGAAGUACAAAACAGAUUAUGUGUUCCCUGGGGCAACUUAAGAGCUGCCUACCACUCUUCUUAAACCUAUGAGCCCAGAUAGGCAACUGAAUAAAAUGUAGGCAGCUUCAUGCUGACACAGGCAGGUGGCUCAGGAGUGACAGCACGGUGCCUGAAUGGGGAGGGGUGGAGAGUGUGACACUCCUAGGUCCCUAACCCAGCUCUCUGUUGGCAGGAGUGAGAUGACCUCCAUCUUGCGCAGCCCCCAGGCUCUCCAGCUCACUCUGGCCCUGAUUAAGCCAGAUGCAGUGGCUCACCCACUGAUUCUGGAGGCUGUUCAUCAGCAGAUCCUGAACAACAAGUUCAUUAUCGUGCGGAGGAGAGAACUUCAAUUGAGAAAGGAAGACUGCCAGAGGUUUUACCAGGAGCAUGAAGGGCGUUUUUUCUAUCAGCGGCUGGUGGAGUUCAUGGCCAGCGGGCCAAUCAGAGCCUACAUUCUCGCCCACAAGGAUGCCAUCCAGCUCUGGAGGACACUGAUGGGGCCCACCAGAGUAUUUCAAGCACGCUACACAGCCCCAGAUUCCAUUCGUGGGAGUUUUGGCCUCACUGACACCCGCAACACCACCCAUGGGUCAGACUCUGUGGCCUCAGCCAGCAGAGAGAUUGCUGCCUUCUUCCCUGACUUCAGUGAGCAGCGCUGGUACGAGGAGGAGGAGCCCCGGUUGCGCUGUGGCCCCGUGUGCUAUAGUCCAGAGGGAGGUAUCCAUUGUGCAGCUGGGACGGGAGGCCCAGGCCCAGCCUGAUGGACACGUCAGUCCAGGAAGCCCCUGACUGGGACCAAGAUGCCCUCUCUGCUGGGCACCACCACCUGCCAGAGAGCCUGGCUCAUCACUACAAACGCUCCAGCACCUUGCUGUCUGUCUACCUCCUCUCUGGAAUGUUCAUGAAUGGCUCAAGAGAACAGACUCCUUUUUGCUGACAUGUUCUUCCUUUAAGGAGGAGCAGGCCUAACUGCAUACCUAAAAAAUGUCGUGACUGGGGACCAGUGCAGUGGCCUAGCAGAUAAAGUUCUUGCCUCAAACGUGCCAGAAUCCCAUAUGGGCACCAGUU